GACUGCUGUACAAAUUGGCCGAUUUAAUCGAAAGAGAUCGUCUGCUGCGGCCGGCAAUGGGGGCACUAAAUGGUGGGAAACUACUUUCCAGGGUGUAUCUCAUGGAUGUAGAAGUCUGCGUGAAAGCUUUACGCUACUGCGCAGGCUGGGCGGACAAGAUCCAGGGCCGGACGAUACCAGCGGAUGGAAACGUUUUCACUUACACAAGGCAUGAACCUAUUGGUGUAUGUGGCCAAAUCAAUCCUUGGGAUUUCUCAUUGAUCACGCUUAUUAUGAAGAGAGCACCUGCCCUGAGCUGUGAAAACACUGUGAUUGUCAAACCCGCAGAGCAAACUCCUCUCAGGGCUCUUCAGGUGGAAUCCUUGAUAAAAGAGGCAGGGUUUCCUCCUGAGUAGUGAAAAUGGUGCCUGGUUACUUACAGGCCGACUGCAGGAGCAGCCAUGUCCUCUCACAUGGACAUAGACAAAGUGGCCUUCACAGGAUCAACAGAGGUUGGCAAAUUGAUCAAACGAGCUGCUGGGGGAAGCAAUCUGAAGAGGGUGACCCUGGAGCUUGGGGGAAAGAGCCUUUGCAUUGUGUUUGCUGAUGCCGACCUGGACAAUGCCAUUGAAUUUGCACACAGAGGAGUGUUCUUCCACCAGGGCCAAUGUUCUGUGGCUGCAUCCAGGCUGUUUGUGGAAGAAUCAAUUUAUGAUGAGUUUGUGAAAAAGAAUGUGGAGCUGGCAAAGAAGUACAUUCUUGGAAAUCCUCUGACUCCAGGAGUGAGUCAAGGCCCUCAGAUUGACAAGGAACAAUAUGAUAAAAUACUUGAUCUCAUUGAGAGUGGGAAGAAAGAAGGGGCCAAACUGGAAUGUGGUGGAGGCCCCUGGGGGAGUAAAGGCUACUUUAUCCAGCCCAUGGUUUUCUCUAAUGUUACAGAUGAGAUAUGCAUCACCAAAGAGGAGAUAUUUGGACUAGUGCAUCAAAUCAUGAAGUUUAAAUCUUUAGAUGAUGUGAUCAAGAGAGCAAACAAUACUCACUAUGGGCUUGUGGCAGGAGUCUUUACCAACGACCUUGAUAAAGCCAUAACAGUCUCCUCUGCUCUGCAAGCGGGGGCAGUGUGGGUGAAUUGCUAUAUGAUGAUUUCUUCCCAGUGCCCCUUUGGUGGAUACAAGAUCUCUGGAAAUGGACGAGAAAUGAGAGAAUAUGGUCUCUAUGAAUAUACCGAGGUCAAGACAGUCACAAUGAAAAUCUCUCAGAAGAACUCAUAAGGAAGCCACAAGAGUAGAUGGAAAUUCUUCAAAAGUAUCUCUUACAGUCCCUUGAUAUAGUGGCUUUUCAGUACAAAAUUGUUCUUUUCUUAAUUUCUUUAAAAGCAAGUUAAUCGUAUUAGUGUUAAUCCUAUCCACAGAAAACAUGACAUGAAGCUUCUUCUGAAUUGUUUGCUUUCUAAUAUGUGACCCCAAGUCCUAUCCUAAAAAAGAAAGAGGGAUUUAGAUGCAAGAUCUCGA